UUGUUUUUUACUUUUACAAAUUGUGAUUUUUUUUUCAGAAACCUCUCAAGUACUGCAGAGACUCCCCAUAUUGCCAUUGGAGUAUAUUGUACUAUUUUUGGCAUUCUAGCUAUUCCUCUUUAUGGUUUAUGCCUAUCUGCGUUAGUACAACGUGACCUUCGUGCAAUGGUCGCUUAUAAAAUAAUGAUUUUCUUGAGUAUCUGCGACAUCAUCAUGCUUUGCUAUAACUCAUUAAUUCUCGGAUUUUUCUUCAUAAAAGGAGUUGUUUACUGCACAUACCCCAUGAUGAUUUAUGUGAUCGGGUGUAUUUCAGACGCGUGUUGGAAUGGAGCGUGUAUUGGAUGUUUCUUCCUGGUUUUCACGCGUUUCGUCGACCUUUGGAGUCAGAAAUUACAUGAUUUUCUUUUUGGUGGAGCUCGUGCUUAUGUGCUGAUCUUCAUCUGCAUUUGCUAUGGGCUAAUAUUCUUUUUAUUUCCUAGUCCAGGCUUGUUUAAUGCAAAGUACUACGGUUUGAUAUUUGAUCCUAUGAUUUCUGAUGGAGAGACAGUUUUUUCGACCGACUUAUCUGGCCUUACUGCAGCCAAUAACCUUUUGACAGUCAGCUUCACAUUUGCUCUUUAUAUUGGGUUUUUUCUGUCAUUUCUCUACAAAUAUAACCUUACAUUUGGUUAUCGAUUAUCUGCCCAUGAGAAACAGAUGUUCAUCCAGAGUAAUGCUAUUUCUGGAAUAAAUCUAACUCUGGCUCUUAUAUAUGUCUACAUGCUAUACUUCCCAGUUCCAAUCACGAUGACAAAAUCUACAAUAUUCCUCUGGCAUUUCUCCACUGGAGGAGCAAUUGUGGUCUACCUCGGCAUUAACAAAACAGUGCGAGGAAAAGUUCUUGAAAUUCUUUCCAGAGAGAAGAUAACAAAAAUUAUAACAGUGGCUUAAUU